GCCUCUCUUCGCAGGGCUGUACUGGCGGAUCUGGCACAUGGACCUGGUGCAGUCCGCGGUGCUGUACAGCGUCAUGACCCUGGUCAGCACCUACCUGGUGGCCUUCGCUUACAAGAACGUCAAGUUCGUCCUCAAGCACAAAGUAGCCCAGAAAAGAGAAGAUGCUGUUUCCAAAGAAGUUACCCGCAAGCUUUCUGAGGCAGACAAUAGGAAGAUGUCUCGAAAGGAGAAAGAUGAGAGAAUUCUGUGGAAGAAAAAUGAAGUUGCAGAUUAUGAAGCGACAACAUUUUCCAUCUUCUACAACAACACUCUCUUUCUGGUCUUGGUCAUCAUUGCUUCAUUUUUUGUGCUGAAGAACUUCAACCCCACUGUAAACUACAUUCUGUCUAUAAGUGCAUCAUCUGGACUGAUCGCUCUGCUGUCUACAGGAUCCAAGUAGACAAAACAGUGAUUAGAUGUUUGUACCUGUGGGUGGGUUCAGUUUUGUUGCAAAGACUUGAAAGCAGGAAUAUAAACAUUUGCUUAUAGGCUGAAAACUUAAGAGAUUUUUACAGCACAGUGUAAAGUGAAUGUCAAAAAUAUUUUUGUUCUCUUAAGAUGUUCUGAUGGAUAGUUGGAGUGGAUCAGACUUUUUUUGAUUAGCAGAAAAAAGAGCAUAUAAGACAUUUAAUAAACUGAACUCCUUUGAAACACUGUUAUCACAAUUGGGGUGACUGUCUAAUGUUUGGAGUUUCAAUAAACCCAAUUGGGCUACACAGAAUAGCAGAGUGAAUGUUCUGCUCCAAAUAAACAACAGAUUCUCUUUCAAAUGACUGUUUCUGUACAAGAGCUUCCCUUCACUUAGAAAAAAGUUACAAAUCUCCCACUUUAUAAUUUGAAAGGUUUUAAUAAAAAUGAAAAGAACAUC